AUGUGGGAAGGAUGGAAGGAGGACGAUGCAGUUAAAGGUUUUCAUUUUCCUUUGAUAUUUGUGAGUACAACAACUCUGUUUUCGUUGUGUAUUGAAGUUCAUUCAUUUUCUUACUCCACUUUAUUUGUGAUAUUUCAGAGGCACAUCAAGCUAGAUGGGGAGCAGAAAGAAGACAAAGAUGUUCUUGUCCAAAUUUUCUUGCGGACGGUCACCCCACAACCGCAGAGACAACCAAGGUCAAAUAGAAGAGGUCAGAUCACAGCCAAGGUCAUCAAGAAGCUCAACGUGAGAAGAAUUCGCUCCAAAUCAGAGUCGGAGAAAAGCUCUUCAAUGGAUAGCUCAAAACAGCAGAAGAGAUCACAAGCAGGAGGGCUACUCAUGUCCAUCGACCUACCUUUAACUGCAGGCAGUACCAGCCGACUAAAACCUCCACCAAUUUGUAUCAAUAAGACUAAAUCUAUCGUCAAACUCACUCCUGGGAAGACUUCUGAUAAAACAUCACCAUCCCUUAGUAGUCCUACGUCAGGAGUCAGAAAGUUAGUCAUUAGUCCUCCAUCUUCUUCCACCACUCCCAAAUCAACCAAACUCAAAGUUUUUAAUUCCUCUGCUGCAAAAUCACAUGAGACUCUUCCAAAAUCAGGAGAUACAGGUACUCUUGGACAUGUUUCUCUUAAAAGACCUUCAGCCGUUGAAAAUGGAGAGAAACCAAUGGAUACUUCAGAAGGAGCCCCUCCUAAACCAAAGAUCAAGAAGAUUUCAUGGCCGUAGUCAAUGUCUACCUUUUUUUUAAUCUAAUUUAUUGAUCAAUGCCUUUUUAAAGUUAACUACUGUAUAUGCACUGUGUGGAAACAGUACAAGCUAAUUAUAAGAGUAUUUUUACAAUAGAGUCAUAUCACAAUGAGAAUGAUUUUUUUUUUCCAAAUGAUAUGGACUGUAGAUAUGACUAGUUUUAAAUCUUGAUUUUCUUUUUCACAUAGUAGUCCUGCUAAAAAUCUUAUUUUUAGGGGUUUAAUUUGUGCAACAACCUCAGUUAAAGCGUUAUAUGUAGGGUAUAAAAGGUUUUAUGUAUCAUGAAAUAUGAAAUUUACUUUGCAUAGACAAAAAUUUCUAGUUGAAAGUUGUUGGUUAUUUUGAGUGCUCAGAAUAUAAAUAAUGCCAAAAUCAUGUAGUAUACUUAGAGUAUUUACUGAGUCAUAUGGGGCAGCUGCUAGCAUUUGGCAUUAAAAAAAACCCUCAGGUCUUAAAAUCCUUAACACUCAUGAAAUAUUUCAUUCUAGUUUGUAUGCUUUUGUCAACCUCUAUUUUGUGGAAUUUCUGGUUCAUUAUUUUGUUCUAACUCAAUAAGUAACUUGAGCAACUUUUCUUCAACAACUUUUUGUCUCACCUUGUUUUUUUCCAAUGGAAGUCAUCGGAGGCACUAUAUCAAUCAUAAAUGAUUUGAAAUGAAUUGCUUUUGAAAUGGUAAAAAUAAAGAUAUAUUUUUAAAAUUUGUGCCAGAAGCAGAAUUUGUAUUAGAUUUGCUCAUGCAGUCACCUUUUGGGCCCCUUUUCUUAAUUUGAUUGGGUUGAUUUUAUUUUAUUUUAUUUCUGCAUUCACAUCAGAGAUUAGUAGACAACAUACAAAGGUAAUAAGUACAUAACAAAACAAUAAUACAAUGGUCGUAAUAUAAGCAAUUUAAAUAUCGACCAAAUGCAUUAUUAUAACAAAAUUAUCAUUCAGAGGAAUGCAGGAGAAGGUCGUUAAAAAAAGAGGUACUAGUACAUGUAUUUCUUCAUUGAUCAAGUGGGUUCCUGAUCAAAACAAAAUGAAUGCAUAGUAUAUAUCAUAGUAAUAUUUAUAUAACCCCUGGUCAAGCAUGGACUGGGUAGAAAAUUUAUGAUAUAAUCUUUGUCAGUAGUUUUCUAGUAUCCAAUUAAUAAAUUUAUUAAAGUAAGUGCUCAAAUUGCUAUUUUAAAUAAAAACAAAAACAUGGCGCUAGAUAGAUGUCACAUUCAAACUCUGGCGGAUGAGAAAAUGCCAAAUCUAAAUUCUAACAGUCAGAAAAACUGCUCCACUUUUGUAUCAUUGGCAUGUUAUAUGAUACUCUCAUUCACAUUAUUGAUCCUUUACCAAAGCUUUAGACAAACUAUAAUGUCAAUGAAAUAAAUUAAUUUGUAUAGCCAAGUUUGUUUUUUAAUUCAAAUUUAUGUUUCACUUUAUAUACGAUGUGUAUACAAAGUAUCUUGCUCUGUUGCAUGUAUUGUGUAUUAAUGAAAAAUAAUACACAUGUUAUAUAUACAAACUGAAAUUCUCAUUUAUGUUUUAACUCAAUUUCAUAUUCGAAUGCAAUAUGUGUCAUCCUGAGAAAUCAUUUUCAACAUAGUUUUAUGUUGAAAAAGUUUGGGAUUUUUUUUUUUUUACGAUGAAAAAAUGAGGAUUCAUAUGAGUCAUAGAAUUUCAGGAAUGGUCAAAUGUUUAAAAGUAAAAAAAUAAAUAAAUACUUUACCCAGAACCAAACGUCAAAGAAAAGCUCAGGGUGACUCUUUUUUUCUGCAAAGGUCAGUGAAAAUCAUUUAAGGCGUGGCAUGUUUUCCUUCAGCAAGAAAUUUAUCCACACUGCUGCACUCAACCCAGGUGAGGUAAAUGGGUACCGGCAGGAAAUAAUUCCUCAAAAAGCUGUGUGCACCUGAAUCGGUAGCCUAGCUUAGCCGGGUAAUGAUAAUAGCAGGGCCCUCUGGGAGAACAGUUUUCGGAACUGAAGUGGCUACCCUGGGUAAUUAUUAUCAUUAAGGUAUUUUUAAGUGACCUUUGAUUUAUUUGUAUAAUUGACCUUCCUGAAGUUAGUAAACUCAGCAUUGAUACCCUGCAUUCAGUGCAUCUUGGAAAUAUAUAUUUUUCUGCUCUGGGAAAUCAUUGCCUGUAUAAUGAACUGGGAUUUGAUUCAGACUCUGGUCUCAAGUUUGAUACAGACACUGGUCUCAAGUUUGAUUCAGACUCUGGUCUCAUGUUUGAUCCAGACUCUGGUCUCAUGUUUGAUUCAGACUCUGGUCUCAAGUUUGAUCCAGACACUGGUCUCAAGUUUGAUUCAGACUCUGGUCUCAAAGUUUGAUUCAGACUCUGGUCUUAAGUUUGAUUCAGACUCUGGUCUCAAAGUUUGAUUCAGACUCUGGUCUCAAGUUUGAUUCAGACUCUGGUCUCAAGUUUGAUUCAGACUCUGGUCUCAAAGUUUGAUUCACACUCUCACUCUGGUCUCAAGUUUGAUUAAGACUCUGGUCUCAAGUUUGAUUCGGACUCUGGUCUCAAGUUUGAUUAGGACUCUGGUCUCAAGUUUGAUUCACACUCUUGUCUCAAGUUUGAUUCACACUCUGGUCUCAAGUUUGAUUCAGACUCUGGUCUCAUGUUUGAUUCAGACUCUGGUCUCAUGUUUGAUUCAGACUCUGGUCUCAAGUUUGAUUCAUAAUCUGGUCUCAAGUUUGAUUCAGACUCUGGUCUCAUGUUUGAUUCAGACUCUGGUCUCAUGUUUGAUUCAGACUCUGGUCUCAAAGUUUGAUUCAGACUCUGGUCUCAAGUUUGAUUCAGACUCUGGUCUCAAGUUUGAUUCAGACUUUGGUCUCAUGUUUGAUUCAGACUCUGAUCUGAAGUUUGAUUCAGACUCUGGUCUCAAGUUUGAUUCAGACUCUGGUCUCAAAGUUUGAUUCAGACUCUGGUCUCAAGUUUGAUUCAGACUCUUGUCUCAAGUUUGAUCCAGACACUGGUCUCAAGUUUGAUCCAGACACUGGUCUCAAGUUUGAUUCAGACACUGGUCUCAAGUUGUGAUUUAGACACUGGUGCCAAGUUUGAUUCAGACUCUGGUCUCAAGUUUGAUUUGGACUCUGGUCUCAAGUUUGAUUCAGACUCUGGUCUCAAGUUUGAUUCAGACUCUGGUCUCAAGUUUGAUUCAGACUCUGGUCUCAAGUUUGAUUCAGACUCUGGUCUCAAGUUUGAUUCAGACUCUGGUCUCAAGUUAUGGUUAAAUUAUAGAUAGCCUAAUGUAAUAGAAAUCUCUGACAGCAGUGAUUUAGUUUGUUAGCACGUUUUGUAUUGUAUUCAUUUCAAACUUUCUGGGAAUAACAACAAAAAUAUUUUCCAUGUAAAAGCAUGAGGAAAGAACAAAACAAACGCCCAAUAUAGAUAAAAUUUUGGAAUUUACUACUUUCCAUAAAUUUAACAAGAACUUGUACCAUUUCAAAAAUUAAACCAGAUUUCAGAAUAAGGGCCAGAUACAGAUAUGUAACAGAGAGUUUUGGAUUUUAAAAAAAAUGUGUAAAAGGUGAAGAUCCUGGAAGAGAACACCUGUCUCCCAUAAUAAAAAAUAAAAA